GACCUGUGAUUGCACAGCAGGCAGGAGACACGGACAGACUGCGCUCACGUACAUACCAGUGGGAAACUUCGAGAACGAAGGGAGAGAAGCACGCCGAUUUCCUGUCCGGUGUGCGGUUGUUCAAGCGUGAACAGCGAGAGAAGAGAGAGCGAGCGAGCGCUCGCUUUGCUGAAGACGAAAGGCCCGCCCAGUUGUGGUUCAUCCCGCUACGUAUUGUACCGUUUUUGUUGGGUUCCCGACGAGGAGGGCUAAGCGCUCUUUCAAAGAACAGCAGACGCGUAGUAAGCCAGCAGGGAUGGCGAUUGUGGGGAGGCGACGGCUGUUGCCAACCUUGGCAACAGCGGCAAGUUUCUGUACCGCAGGCGUAGGGGUCUAUGGAAUCGAGUGGAGCGAGACUACUUCCUCAUCGUCAGACUACGUCUACUCUGCUGCCGUGGGGGAGCUGGUGACGAUCGUUAUUCAGCCCGGCCUGAGGGCGAGUAUCGAUUUCGUUGGAGAUCUGUCGAACCACUUCGCGGUGUCGUACCGACAAUGUUCUCUGGAUGACCCGCAGCCUCUCCAGAUGCAAUACUCGGAGAAGCUCAACUACUUGCCCUCCAUCGGGGGCUGUAUUUACGCCCAGAAUGAUCUUUCCGACCUAGGAGAGUACGGCUGCACCUUCUGGCAGUACAACCCGGAGGAAACGUACGGGACGAAUGGCAUUGUUUAUGAGGACACAGAACCUCUCGAGGCGGGCCGAGUGCGUUUUGAAAACCAAGGGGCCGGAAACGCGACGGUGGAUGUGGUGAUGUUCUCGGAGGAAGUCCCCGUCCCAUCUGGGGUGGCAACCCAAUCCAUUUGGAUCGAGGACAAUUUCAUCAAGGAGGGGCAUUUGAUCAACACUACGGUGAACGUUUACUUCAAUAACGACAACAACUACUGCGAUGGCUUCGGGUGCACGGUGAACGGGUACGUUAACGACUACAUCGAGGGCCAGGACAGCUUGAGCCUCUGCCAGGUCCAGGACGGAGGCGAGCUGUACUACGAGAACGAGCCCUUUGAUCCUUACAUCCCACUUAGCUUCGAUCUCCCUGAGGGCAACGAGUACUAUGUGACGGUUGUUGUUAUCGCGAAGCAGUCGUCAAACCCGGCCAGCAACUACACGACGAUGGCAGAGUACGGGCUGGAUCAGAUGGUGGUGUUCCAGACCGAUACCACUCAGCCGGACAACGGCGCACGGGUCCUGGCGGGCCUGUCGCUCAUGUCUCUGUCCUGGUUGAUAUUGUUGAACACGCUCGUGGCAUCGCUAGGAGCAACAAGCGGCGGCACGCAGGCGACGAUGUGUGAAACGGUAGUGCCAGCGACCGGCUGGUAGCGUCCUCUCGGUAGAGGCGUGGCUCCGAGAUAAGAGGGUACCUUAUUCGAGGGGGCUCCGAUAUAAGAUAAUCCGAAUCGGUUGUCACGACUUCGACCCUUUAUAGUAUAAUUGAGCACUGACUCUCUUAACGAUAUAUGAGGGUGUCGAGCCGUUGUCACACCACCCUCUUACAACGGAGCCACGAAUGCAUGGUGGGACAUGUCAAGUUAGUGGGAAUUUAUCUCACAAGCCGUGGAAUGGAGACUUCCAUCAAAGCCUGUAGAGGAAUGACCUGUAUGGAGGGUGGGGGGUCCAGUUCGCUGGUUGUUGGUUUGGAUCGAUCAAAGCGGUCACCGAUGAUGAUGGCUUUGUUGUUGGCGCAGGGCUUUCCUUGAGAAAGUGCGUCUAAUUUUUGUACGUGAUACUCUGUACUUCUAUCAAUUAUCCGGGGGGUUGGGUUUCAAUGGUGCAAAGAGCGACGGCACGUUGGCCUUGGUUGAUGCGCAUGAGAAGAUGUCUUUCUCUUUCUCACUCUCUCUCUGGCGACCUUGUUAUCUUGGUGGAGUUGGAUGACUGUGUGUCAUCAGAAAAGAGUACCGAAAAGACGCGGCGGAUAGGGACGGAUGGAUGUGUGUGUGUCGCUGUUGGCUGUGCCCAAGUUUUCAGUACUUUUCCUUUUCUGUGGCUCACACGUUGCUUUGUCCGUAGGAAAAGAGCAAUGAUGACUGGAAGAGAAGUUGGGGUCUCACGUACAUAUUUCUUUUUUCGUUCUGGAAGGAGUAGUUCGGCUGGAAAGUUACGUAGAUCGUGUUGUCUUGUAUUUUCCGUGUGGGUUGUCUGCCAAGAACUCGUUGUUGUGCAUUUAGUAGGCGCGUUCAGGACCGAUAUUCUAUUUCGUUGAUAAAACAGCGUGGUGCGAAGGUCGUAGCUUUGCCCAUCCGGAGGGCACAUUAUUUACCCCCCUUAUGAGGUAGGUUGGCAAGGAGAGAGUUGAGUGAUUUGAGCAGCCCAUCAGCGUCAGAGCCAAGCCGCUGGUGCAACCGUUCGUCGGAACGUUGCCGAGGGGUUGUUGACUUCCUACAGUCGUGUGUACGUGCAUAUGGAUAACAAUACUAUCCACACCUGCCUGUCCUACACAGGAGUUCCCUGUAGGGUUGUUCUUGUGAUUCUCUCUUUUUCAACUUUGGAUUUCCGAUCCUGAGAGUAUCGUCCUUGACAUACUGUUUUCACGUACCCUGUAGUCUGUAUUCGCUUCUGUUCUCAAGACCUAGCGCUCGGGUGUCGUGGAUGAACCGGUUGACUGCUGUGCAUCAAGCUUGCUGAAGAGCAUACGUUCGGGUUUAACUCAACCCAGCCAAUCCACGGUGUCACUUUGUUACAGGCACGUCUUUGCUAGCGCGCGCCCCCCGUCACCGUAUUUUAGGAGCUGAUGUUCCGUUUUAGUGUGAGUUUUCUUUCUGUUAGAGACGCUUUCUGCGUGUGUCUAGUGCUCGUCGCCGAUGCUCCGAUGCUCUUGAUUGGGCCUACCUCGAUCGAUCUCAAGCUCCCUGUCCCGUCUUGGGUGCAGGGUGGUGUGACGGCGACAUCUCCGCAGCGUUUUGUUGUGCCAUCGACGGAAACACUAGUCCCUCGCGACUACUUCCUUGAGAGUAUUUUUUGACCCGUUUCCCCUCUUGUAGGAGUCCCCGAUGUCGUAGACCCGGGUGGGAUGCUCUGUCGUUGAGCUUCUUCUUGGGUAGCUUUGUAUAUUAUGAGAGAUCUCGUUCGUUGCUCUUGAUGUGUACUGCGGAGAUUGUCUACUAUCUACCACAACUUAACUCUCGUCUAGUGUUUUUUUAGGAUAACGACCAGAUAUUACUUCGGAAUGACGGCUGCUUUGUUGUUUUUGCUUGCGACAUGAAGCGAAUUAGCAUGUGCUACUACUGCUGCAUGUGGUUCCCCCACCAUCUGCCUUGGCGUAAUCAACAUGUAGCAGUUUUUUGUUUGUAAUAACGUGAUUCGCGACGCUGCAAACAUGAUAGAUGAUAAUUUUCUUCUUCAGGAUCUCCUACUGUACCCGUAUUGCGGAUAUUUUGUGUGUUUACCCAAGAACGGAGGUUCUCGAUCGGAGGUUUCUCGGUGAAGGAAGGCAGGGCCGAUGAUGAUCGUAAUUGCAGUCUGAUGGAAUUCAAGUGAUUGCCUAUCUAUUCCUCAUUAGGAUUGAUUUGACCGCUCGAAUACUCCCAUUUCAGGCGAAAGGACAGUGAUUGGUACGGUGGUACGACCACCUUGUGUUAAAACCACGCGUGCGUGUCACGAUGGCGGGGCGUCAUCGUGCACGUGUUCUUAUUAUACCGUGCGAUGGGGAUCGAUCUAGGAAAGGGACAUGUUUCCGUAGUCUAGACCACGAGCGUGUUCGUUGCAUGUUGUCCCGAAAUACGUUUAGUCUAGACACGACUACAAGGGGAGGUGACUUCGCAAAUACCCGUAUUGUGGGUAUUUGCUUUUCCAGCGAGCUCUCCCGCCCGCUUUUGUCUAUCGUGUGUCAAGGUGAGCCAUACAUACCGUGAAAGGAGAAGGGUCGCAAUCCGCAGUAGUUGUUUUGUAUUCAUCCAUGCGUCACGUGAAUGGACGAGUUCACCGGCUUUGGUGUGCUUUUUUAUGUUGCUUGAACCACGGUGAAUCCAUCUCUCUCUAUUCACGGAUCAUCCAGGAUUUCAAGGG